CCUAUGGCAAAGACAAUGUGUGCAGUUAUGUUGGUGCGAGAAUUCGUGGCUCAGAACAACGCAGCGCAGAUCAAGCACGUCAUCCAGAUCCUCUCACAAGAGUUUGCGCUCUCGCAGCACCCUCACAGCAGGAAAGGGGGGCUCAUCGGCCUGGCAGCAUGCUCCAUUGCUCUCGGGAAGGAUUCUGGGCUGUACCUGAAGGAGCUGAUUGAGCCGGUGCUGACGUGCUUCAACGAUGCUGACAGCCGGCUGCGGUACUAUGCCUGCGAGGCCCUAUAUAACAUUGUCAAGGUGGCCAGGGGCUCUGUUCUUCCACACUUCAACGUGCUGUUCGAUGGCCUGAGUAAGCUUGCCGCUGAUCCAGACCCCAAUGUGAAAAGCGGCUCUGAACUACUGGACCGACUUCUCAAGGACAUCGUGACUGAGAGUAACAAGUUUGACCUCGUGGGUUUCAUCCCGCUGCUGCGGGAGAGGAUUUAUUCCAACAACCAGUAUGCCCGGCAGUUCAUCAUCUCCUGGAUCCUGGUGCUAGAGUCAGUGCCUGACAUUAAUCUCUUGGAUUACCUGCCGGAGAUCCUGGAUGGACUCUUCCAGAUCCUGGGAGACAACAGCAAAGAGAUCCGGAAGAUGUGUGAGGUGGCCCUCGGGGAGUUCCUUAAAGAGAUCAAGAAGAAUCCUUCCAGUGUCAAGUUUGCGGAAAUGGCCAAUAUUCUAGUGAUUCACUGCCAGGCUUCUGAUGAUCUGAUUCAGCUGACAGCCAUGUGCUGGAUGAGGGAAUUCAUCCAACUGGCUGGCCGGGUGAUGCUGCCCUACUCCUCAGGUAUCCUGACCGCCGUUCUGCCGUGCCUAUCCUACGAUGAUCGGAAGAAGAGCAUCAAAGAGGUAGCUAAUGUGUGUAACCAGAGCCUGAUGAAGCUGGUCAUCCCAGAAGACGACGAAACAGAUGAGAGCAAGCAAUCCCUGAGCCUCCAGACGGAGCCCAAGGAGGAGUCCCUCUCCCAGCAGGAGGUGACCUCCAGUGCACUGACCGGGUUCCGGUGACCCUUAACCUCGAUGGGAUAGUGCAGGUGUUGGACUGCCACCUUCACGACUCAGCCACCGGGAUGAUGACCAGAAUCGCAGUCCUGAAAUGGCUCUAUCACUUGUACAUCAAGACGCCGCGGAAGAUGUUCCGGCAUACAGACAGCCUCUUUCCCAUUUUGCUACGGACGUUGUCGGAUGAGUCAGACGAGGUUAUCCUGAAGGACCUAGAAGUUUUGGCUGAGAUCGCCUCCUCUCCUGCAGGUCAAACAGAAGAUCAGGGGCCAUGUGAUGGCUCUGAUAUGCGAUCAAGCCAGUCGGAGUUGCACAUUCCCGUCAAAGCCAGCCAGCUGAGCUCCUCUGGUAUGAAAGGCAUGGAGUGCUCCCCCUCCACCCCCACCAUGAACUCCUACUUCUACAAAUUCAUGAUCAACCUCCUCAAGAGAUUCAGCAGUGAGCGGAAGCUGCUGGAGACCAGAGGAGCAUUCAUCAUCAGGCAGCUUUGUCUGCUUCUCAAUGCUGAAAACAUCUUCCACUCCAUGGCAGACAUCCUGCUGCGGGAAGAGGACCUCAAGUUUGCCUCGACUAUGGUCCACACUCUCAACACAAUACUGCUGACUUCCUCCGAGCUCUUCCAACUGCGAAACCAGCUCAAGGACCUGAAGACCCCGGAGAGUCGUAACCUGUUCUGCUGUCUCUACCGCUCCUGGUGCCACAACCCUGUGACGACUGUGUCCCUCUGCUUCCUCACCCAGAACUACAAACAUGCUUACGACCUCAUCCAGAAGUUCGGGGACCUGGAGGUCACAGUGGAUUUCCUCACUGAGGUAGACAAGCUGGUGCAGCUCAUUGAGUGUCCAAUUUUCACGUAUCUGCGCCUGCAGCUGCUGGAUGUGAAGAAUAACCCCUACCUGAUCAAGGCUCUCUACGGGCUGCUGAUGCUUCUGCCUCAGAGCAGUGCCUUCCAGCUCCUCUCCCACCGGCUGCAGUGCGUCCCCAACCCCGAGCUCCUGCAGACCACAGACAGCACUAAGACCACCCUGGGCUUCAAGAAAGCGACCGCCACCAACAUCGACUACCUGGAGCUGCUGCAGCACUUUGAGCGAGUCCAGAACAAGCACCUGGAAGUGAGACACCAGCGGGCUGGCCGGGGAGAGCCCCCAGACCGAAGGGUCGUCCUCUGAGCACCAGCUGCUGCUGGCGUGCAUGGAGACAGUGACCUGGGGAGGGGAGUCGGAGGGACUUGGCUGCUGCCAUGGGUUCCAGGGUGUGUGAUCCAGCAGGGAUCUUCCAGGGGAGAGGCGGCGGAGGUGGUCACAGCGCUCAGCUGGGGAAGGAUCUCCAGAGACCAUGCCGGAGCCCAACACCCCAGCCGCACAAAAUUCCAGAGCAUCACAAGCAAGCAUGUGGGGAAGCAGCAGGAGGGGACUAGACGGACCAAUGAAGCCACACGCCCCCACCCCUGGACUCUGCCUUACAAAUCCUUCCCUGGCAACAGUCAGCUGAUGGCACAGCCAGGCCAGUAAGGCCAGAGGGAAGACGUGUAAAAGCAUUUUCUGCUACCUCCAGCCUCAAACAAGCGUGUGUCUGUGGGCGUGUGACUGGACUGGCCUUGCCUCCCCCUCCCCCCAUCACUCCCCCAAGGCAGGCAGUCAUGUGUUGCAGUCCCGAAAGGAAAGCCAGCCCCUUGGAUCUCAGACGUGCACUGCCCUGACCUCCCCGUGGCAACAGCACCAUCUAAUCCUCCAGUCCUGUGGACUUGCAUUCCUGUGCGUGCAUCACCCAGCUGCCUCUUGUCACCCCCCUCGGACCCACCCCCCCCAUUGUACGUAUGGCAGUGCAGCCUGAAGUGAUGGCCCCCUUGAAAGCAUCAUGUAUGUGUAUAUAGAGGAAGGGUUCAGUCCGAGUCAGAUUUCUAACCUGAAAAUAGAUUUGUACCAAUGUAAAAGCUCCCCAUGUUGAAAUAAAAGAAUUAUGGCAAAGUC